AAGGGAACGCCGGCCGUGCUCUUUUGGAUCGUUGGGACGUCCCCCAAGGAUGGCCCAGUAGUCACAAAAAAUAGAUGGGUGUUGGUUAAAUUGUGAUUUUAAUGAAUGGAGCGGCCGUUUUUUUUUCCUGAGAGCGUGAAGCGGUAGGAAAUUACAUCGAUCGAUGAGCGCUCAACUCCGUUCACAUUCUCUGGUACAGAUUUGGGUUAUGGACGUCCCAAGAAUUCCAGAUUGCAAUGACCAAGGGACGCCUGCGCUCUGACUACUACACUGAAAACAUCGCUGAACUCCAAUUUGAACCCCAUCCCCGGCCCGUUUACAGCAUGGAAAGGAAAGUUCUUGCACUCCAGGCGAGGAAGAAAAGGACAAAGACGAAAAAACCCGGCAAAAAACCAGACCCUGCGCCGCGGGGAGGUGCGUCCAAGCAGAAUGAUUCUCCUAUCCCAGACCAGGAUGAGGAGAUACUGGGCUCUGAUGACGAGGAGCAGGAGGAUCCCAACGACUACUGUAGAGGAGGUUACCACCAUGUGAAGAUAGGAGACCUGUUCAAUGGGAGAUACCAUGUGAUCAGGAAGCUGGGCUGGGGACAUUUCUCCACUGUGUGGCUGGCCUGGGACAUACAGGGGAAGCGUUUUGUGGCCAUGAAGGUGGUGAAGAGUGCAGAGCACUACACUGAGACAGCCCUGGAUGAGAUCAAGCUGCUGAGAUCAGUGAGAAACACGGACCAGAACGACCCCAGCAGAGAGAAGGUGGUUCAGCUACUAGACGACUUCAAGAUCUCUGGCAUGAACGGAAGUCAUGUCUGUAUGGUGUUUGAGGUUCUGGGUCAUCACCUGCUGAAGUGGAUCAUCAAGUCUAACUACCAGGGCCUUCCUCUGCCCUGUGUCAAGAGCAUCAUUCGACAGGUUCUCCAGGGGCUGGACUACCUCCACUCAAAGUGUAAGAUCAUCCACACGGACAUCAAGCCAGAGAACAUCUUGUUGACUGUUAACGAGCCCUACAUUAGGAAUAUGGCUGCUGAAGCUACGGAGUGGCAGAGGACAGGAGCUCCACCCCCCUCUGGAUCUGCAGUGAGCACAGCCCCUGCGCCCAAACCAACGGCGAAGAUGUCAAAGAACAAGAAGAAGAAGAUGAAGAAGAAACAGCGGAAGCAGGCGGAGAUGUUAGAGAAGAGGAUUCAGGAGAUGGAGGGAGCGCCGGAGGGAGGAGAGGAGGAGGGGGAAGAGGAGACUGAAGGGACCACCACAGACUCCCCCCCGCCCACCGACACGCUACAGGACAUCGCUAAUGGUGUCACAGCAGACCCAGCUCCAGAUAAAAUGGAGGAGGAGAGCAGGAUGGAGGUGAACUGCAAUGGCCAUGCCCUCUCAGAGAGCCAUGUGGUACAGAGGACCAACGAAGAAGAAGAGGACCAACAGAACGCCAACAAACUUGACGCCGUAGCCCCCGACAAUGUCAGUACCCAGGGACGGGACUCGCCAGCCAACGCAGUUUACCCAGAAUGCAAUGGCAGAGGGCCCGGUGACCCUGGAACACACGAUAAAGAAGGAAGAGGGAGAGGAAAGGAGGGCGAGACGGAGGAGUGUAAACGACCAGAGAAGGAUGAGGAGGAGAGAAAAGACGAGGAGAUGGAGACGGAUGAGGUGCCUGGAAGAGAGGAUGAAGAGGAGUGCGAGAGGAAUGAUAAAGUAGCAGCAGGUAGUCUGUUGGUCAACCCUCUGGAACCUCUCAAUGCAGACAAGAUCCAGAUCAAAAUCGCUGACCUGGGGAACGCCUGCUGGGUGCACAAGCACUUUACAGAUGACAUCCAAACUCGUCAGUACCGUUCUCUGGAGGUGCUGAUGGGAGCCGGCUACGGGACGCCUGCUGAUAUCUGGAGCACUGCCGCAAUGGCUUUUGAGCUGGCUACAGGAGACUACCUGUUUGAGCCUCACUCUGGGGAAGACUACUCUAGAGAUGAAGAUCACAUAGCGUUGAUCAUUGAGUUGUUGGGUAAAGUUCCUAAGAAGCUGAUCCUGGCUGGAAAAUACUCCAAGGAGUUCUUCACCAAGAAAGGUGACCUGAGGCACAUUACCAAGCUGAAGCCGUGGGGUCUGUUGGAGGUGCUAGUGGAGAAGUAUGAGUGGUCUAAAGAGGAGGCAGCUACCUUUGCUAGCUUCCUUUUCCCAAUGUUGGACCUGGUACCAGAGAAGAGAGCUACGGCUGCAGAGUGCCUCCGACACGCAUGGAUCGCCCCCUAGAGGAGCCACAGCGCUACCACAGCCAACAAGCAGCUCAAACAGUACACACAUACAUACAUACAUGGACAUAUGUACAUAUACACACACACAAACAUACAUACAUACUCACGUACUCACAAGCAUUCACACACACACACACACACACACACACACACACAUAUAAAUACACACUAAGAGGAAGCCAUUGCCAGCACCAUGCCUGCAUUGCCUCCCUAGUGGCUCAACACACGCACAAACCACGCUAGACUGGCUACUGAAGCCCUACUGGUGGCCUUCAUAGAAAACACUGGUUCCAGAUGAAUAAACACAAGGACGCCCGAUCCAGCAGCACUAUAUCUAUUUAUGUCUCUCUCUUUUACUUUGUUUCUUUUUGGUACUGACUGGAUAGGACUUGAGUAUCUGAUCACUUUUUCUUUAUUUACUCGUGUUUUUCUCUGUGCCAAUGAUGACACCGCUCACAAGUUUCAUUCGGAGUUUCUCUUUUGUUUCUAUGUUUGACAGACGUGCAUGUUCAGAGUUAAGAUCAGACCUCCAGUGGACAACUUCAAGACCGAUCCAAUCAUAUCUACAAAACACCCACUGUACCACUAUACUAGCACAUCCGAUUGGUUGUUAUUUUAUAUACAGUAUUGAUAGUUAGUUUGAGUCUUUUCCUUCAAUAACAAAGCAUAUUUACAAUGUGUGUAGGAUUGUGGGGAAGAGUAAGCUACCUGGAAAGUAAUGAAAAGAUUCUAAGGAUUCUCCAUGAAGUAUUCCCGAACUGACUGAAUGCAAUGGAACUUGUUCUGUCUCUCUUCUAUGACAUCAUCCCUGUCCUAUCCCUCCUUGUCUCAUUCCAAGCAGCCGUUUUGGAAUGGCACUUACCACAGUGUGGAGAUAGUACCAUCGUACUCUGUCCCGCGUUUCAUGUACUACCUUCUGUUACCCGCAUUGAUCCACAGACCAUGACUAGACCUAUGCUACUGAAUAACCAUGUUUCAAAUUAGCCCGCAGAUUCCGACCUUGCCGUUACGCUUGUUUACACUAAGCUGCACUGGGGUCGGAAUGCAAUCGUGGUUAGAUUUAGACAGCGCGGAGCCGGCGCGGUGUCAAACGUUCCUCAAUGCAGCGACGGUAUGUGCCACUGUGUCCCAAAUUGUACUUCAAUUCAAACUGCCCUUUUUCCUUCUCAUCCGAGCUAGCAGUAGGCACAGCAGCCAUUAUGGAAUGGCACGUCGCGUUGAACAACAAAGAGGCUGAUUGGCUGACACUGCCAUUCCAAAAUGGUGGCGGUGGCUACUGCUCACUAGCAUGAGGAUGAAAGGGCAUUCUUCUAGUAAAACUAGCGGUAUUUCAAUCUUCUUGAUGUAUCAGUUUGGAUAUAGGUACACUUUUCAGUACCGUGUUACAUCCAAGGAUGUAUAUAAAACCUGGAUUGCUGAUGCUAUGUAUUGGCCAAUGAGUGGCUUUGAAGCAACCGGUCGACCAUAUUGGCACUCCCUAGAAGAGGCAGUCCUUCAUAGGAAUUAAUGGAAUUCCAAUUAAAUUAAAGGACAAAAUGACCUGUAUUUACAUAUUUUUUGUAGUGGGGACAGUAUGCAUUAAGGUGUCUAACAGAGUAAACUUGGUAAAAACAGACGUCAAUGUAGACAUUAAUAAAUGCAUUUUUAUAGCUUCCAAAAUAUUUUGUACAAUGGUGAAGGAGUGCCAAAAUGACAGUGCGGUGGCUUCAAAACAGUGACCCCUGUAAGUCAUCUAGUGUGUGUGUGUGUGUGUGUGUGUAUAUAUAUAUAUAUAUCAUUGGGCACAUCCCAUCCCUGCAUUGAGAAGUUUUUCAGCCCAUAUCUCGCUGCGGCUCUGUGGUGUCUUAAUCUAACCAUGAUUGUGUUUUGACCCCAGUGCAGCUCAGUGUAAACAAGCGUGACAUAGGAUCAAGAAUCUGCUGGCUAGUUUCAUACCUCUCCUACGGUUCUAGAUAAUGUUUGCCUCUGAGAAAAUAAUGCUUAUUUUUAUGCUAGAUGAUGUGAUACAAGAUCGUGAGAAUUUUCCCGUUUCAGAAAAAUUAUCAGAAUCAGAAUAAUUCUGUAUUCGAUUCCAGAACUGAUUUAGAAAAAAAAUGACGCCUUAUUCUUUAUAUAGUUGGAACAGGGUGCCAUUUUAGGCGCACACCAUAUCUGAACCCCUAUCUUGUACAUAUCUGUACCAAAGAGUUGGCCUUGUCUCUCUGAACUUCUGUUUGGAGCUUCUGUUUGAACUGUGUAUAUUAUGAAGGAGAGGAAGCUCUGCCUGUGUCCCAAAUGGCACCCUAUUACGUAUUUAGUGCCCUAUUCAUGACUAGAGUCCAUUUAGGCUCUGGUCAAAAGUAAUGCACUAUUUAGGGAAUAGGGUGCCUUUUGGGACACACUACACACACACUGCUAAGGUGCAAAUGUUUGAAUGAGUUAUGAGGUUGAUUGAUGCCUUGAGACGCAUUUGCUAGUUUUUUUUGCUGCAUUUUUAAAGCUUAUUUUCAUACUGACGUUGCCCCCCUUGCAGUGUAGGACUGUUUUAAAUGCAUCAAAGAGAGAAAUGUAUAAUCGCGGAUUGUAAUAAAGAAUGAUGACGCUAUUAUAAUGCUUUGAAGGGUGCCCCCCCCCCCCCGAUCCCAUUGGUUGCUCUUUUUCUACAAGCCCCUCCCCUCCCUCGUUCUCAAUGUGCUCUUUCCCUGACCUCUCCUUGCCCUUCUUCCUCCCACUCUCCUGACCUCCCUCUCUGCAUUUGAUUGUUCACUGCUAAACUAAGCAUUUUCUGUAGUUGAAUAAACAUUUAGAUUUUGAAAA